AUGUCGUGGAUGGACCCGGUCCCCGAAACCCAAGACCUCUCGGAAGCCAUAACGUUGAGCAAAGAUCAAUUGAAAGUUUUGAGAAAGGGUUUCGACACGUUCGACACUGAGAAAAAUGGCAAAAUUACUUGCGCCAACAUCAACAUCAUUUUGGACAUGUUGGGCCAUGCUACCGACGCCGGAACAGUUAAGACAAUCGUAUCCGAAAUCGACCACCAAGGAACCGGUACAUUAUCCUUUGAUGACUUUUGUACGUUGGCGUCGAGAUUUAUGACCGAGGAGGAAGAGGACUCCGAAGCAAUCAAAACCGAACUCAGAGAAGCUUUUAGGCUAUACGACAAAGAAGGAAACGGUUAUAUCACGACCGAAGUGCUGAGAGAAAUAUUGUCUGAACUCGACAACAACAUGUCCGACGAAGAACUGGAUCAGAUGAUCGAUGAAAUCGACGCGGAUGGAUCCGGUACCGUAGACUUCGACGAAUUCAUGGAGGUGAUGACUGGUUAA